CUAAAACAAAACAAGAAAAAGCUUAAAAACAAUUAAGGUGGUGGGAUCAUUUAAGAUAAUAAAUAAUAAGAUGGUUAGGGCAAGUUUAUUGAGAGUGAUUAUGCUGAUGCAUGCAAUUAUUGGUCUUCCUUAUACUGUGUUGGGUUUAAGUAUGAGUUACUACAUGAUGAGCUGCCCUGCCGCAGAACAGAUUGUGACGAAUACUGUUAACAAUGCUCUUCGAGCUGAUCCUACUUUGGCCGCAGGUCUUAUCCGUAUGUUCUUCCACGACUGUUUCAUUGAGGGAUGUGAUGCGUCGAUUCUGCUAGACUCAACAAAAGACAACACUGCAGAAAAGGAUUCACCAGCGAAUCUAAGUCUACGUGGCUACGAGAUUAUAGAUGAUGCAAAAGCAAAAAUCGAGGCUGCAUGUCCAGGAGUUGUAUCUUGUGCAGAUAUUAUUGCCAUGGCUGCUAGAGAUGCUGUAUUUUCAGCUCGAGGUCCAUAUUAUCAAAUACCAAAAGGAAGAUUUGAUGGUAAAAGAUCAAAGAUAGAAGAUACAAGGAAUCUUCCUUCACCUUUUCUCAAUGCUUCUCAACUCAUUCAGACUUUUGGUCAACGUGGCUUCACUCCACAAGAUGUUGUUGCUCUCUCUGGAGCACAUACUCUUGGAGUUGCACGAUGCUCAUCCUUCAAAGACAGACUUACCACACCAGAUUCUUCAAUGGACUCUUCCUUUGUAAACACUCUCACUAAAACUUGCAGUGCCGGUGACAAUGCAGAGCAACCAUUUGAUGUCACGCGCAACAACUUCGACAAUGCUUAUUUCAAUGCCCUUCAGAGGAAAUCAGGAGUCCUCUUUUCAGACCAAACCUUAUUCAACACUCCAGCGACUAAGAAUAUUGUUAAUGGCUAUGCCUUUAACCAAGCCAAGUUUUUCUUUGAUUUCCAAAUGGCCAUGCAAAAGAUGAGCAAUCUUGAUGUCAAACUUGCCUCUCAAGGUGAAGUCCGUAAAAACUGUCGCGUUCUUAACUAAGCAUAUGCCAAAUGUAUUUAUGAUAUUUGUGUAUUAGUGUUCCUACCUUUAGUUAUAUCUCUACUACGUACUCUCAUCAUAUGAUUCUUGAUGAAUCUGUUGUGCUACCAUGUAUAAAAUUGGUGUCUGUAAUAUGUAACUGUGUACUUGUUGUUUGUGUGAUUUUGAAUAAUAUUAAUUAUCUAUAAAAAUUUGGUCGAGGCUC